UGUGUGUUUGUGUGUGUGUACAGGUGUGUGUUUUCCCACCACCCGAUAUAUUUCUCCCUGUGUAAGUGAUAUGUGACACACACUCUCUUUCAGAAUGUCGAUUCUUCUGUUCACCGUCUUGCUUCUCCUGGCUACAGGAUCACAAGGAUCUUCUGAAGCCUUCAGGAAGCCCGAGUGCAGUGAAAUGGCAGAAAUUAUGGCGUGUCCUUUAAACUUUUCUCCGGUUUGCGGCACCGAUGGAAACACUUACGCCAACGAGUGUGGCCUGUGUGUGCAGAGACUGAACACCAAAGCAGACAUCCAAAUCGCUCGAGACGGCGGCUGCUGAAGCUGUUUAGUGAUGCUACAUUUAUCAUUCUCCUAUUAAAGAAUGUGUGAUGGAUCA